CGCGCGGGCGUGUGUGUGUAAAAGUGAGUAAGUGUAAGUAAAUAGAAACACACACACAGAGGCGCGAGGAGACAGAGAGAGAUACAGCAGUGUGAAGAAGUGAAUGAGGGAAACAGACAUGGCGUGCUGUAAAAUAAGGAGAACAGACAGAAAACAGAGCUUUUAGUGCAGAAUGGCAGACUCGGAUAUGUUCACACUUCCCACAGGAAGUUCAGCAGCAGUUUCCCUCAGAUGCUCCGAGACUGUGGCUGGAAUUAAAAGCAGCAAUGUGAAGCGCCACUGCGGGACAAAGCACAAAUGUUUUGAGCGAUCAUACACACUCAAAUCCGAACUGAGGGCUCAGAACAUACAGGAUCAAAUCCCAAUAUGAUCGACCCACCACUAUCCUGACACAAUCAUUCGCUGCCCAACAACAUCAAGUCAAGUUUAUUUGUGCAGCUUUAACCAACAGACACUGUCGCAAAGCAGCUUUACAGACAACUAAAGACUUUAAACAUGAGCUAUUUUAUCCCCAGUGAGUAAACCUGUGGCAUCUGUGGUGAGGAAGAAACCUCGAGAGGAACCGGACUCAAAAUGGAACCCACCCUCAUCUGGGCGAUAACAGACAGCGGGAUUAUAAAUAACUCUCUUCUGUAACUCUGUCCUGUAGAGUCACAAAGUAAAACUGUGUAACCAGGAAAUUCAUUAUAGUUUUAACAUGAAGUCUGUUUUGUUGAUGUUAUAAACUGUUCAUUGAUGGAAACUUGAGUGUAAAACUGUUCAUGACAACUGCAGUCCUAAAGUUAUCAAGUCAGCUGUAGUCCUCAGACAUAAAUGUAUUGCUGUAAGUGUCCAGAGCGUCUUCCAAGUGCGACUUUCCACUGUCCAUAUGGAGCCGUCCUCAACAGGAGCAACGUGAUGAGACUCCAGCCAGAAGUAGGGCAUCAGGAUGGAUCAGUUCAACAAUGAUUGGGUUUGAAAUUCUGCAUGUGUCCCUCUGUGUCAUGGGUUUGCUCUCAGAGACUCUGUGCUCUUUAACUGUGGAGGUGGAAGCUGGAGAUAAUGCCACUGUUUGGUGCCAACAUGAGCUGAGUGAUACAGGUUACAUUGUCUGGUUUAAGCACACAAGUGCUUCGGUUCCACUUCUUCUUGGGUGCAAAAAGUUUAGGACAUCAGCUCCAUCACAAAACUGUUACUUCUAUAAUGAAAUUGAGCGAAUAGUGAUGUCUGUUCAUGGCAAGAACACGUCUCUCACCAUCACCGCAGUAAAUGUCUCUGAUACAGGACUGUAUUACUGCAGCUUCAUAGAUCUGAACCAAGUGAACUUUAGGAACUCGACCUUUUUACAAGUGAAAGGUUCAGUCUCUUCUCCUGUGUUCUUCAUACUGACUGUGGUGUUUGGUGCAGUGAUUGUGAUUCUUCUCAGUGUCCUGAUCUUCAUCAUAGUGAAGCACAGAGAAACACACAAAGGUGCUGGAGCAGAAGAUAACGAGGAUCCGGACUCGGACUCGUUGCGUUUCGCUGCACGACAGUUCUCAAAGAAGAAAACCAAGAGGAGCGAGAGACGUGAUGAAAAUGUGUAUCAACAUGUUCUCUAUUCUUCUGUCAGACAGAGUAAUGUGUGUACAUAAUGUUAUAUAUCAGUUACUGUUUACUAAAUAUGAAACAGAUGUUUCUGAUGCUCUGAGGUUGAAGGGAUUCGACCUUUUAUAAACUCAGUUACAGAAUAUGGGAUUGUAAAACUGCAAGAGCUUCAGGAUUCUGCACAUUUCUUUUUACGAUAGACCUUGUAUUAAGUCUCUCAGUUUAUCAUCCAGUGUAAUAAUAAAUUCAGGUGUAAAUAGAUACAUUUCUUUAUUUUGGACUUGUUUCUAAGAAAAUAACAGAUUUGUCGAGGCUCUGGCAAUAAAACCUGCUCUUUGUA